CUUUUUGUCCUUCACUUCAGGUUUGAUCAUGGCAGCCGAACUGGUAGCUGGUGCUUUGCUUUCUGCUUCACUUCAGGUUUUGUUUGAACGAUUGGGCUCUGAGGAGAUACCCCAGCUGUUCCAGGGGAAGAAGCUGAUUCUAGACCAGCUAUACGAGUUGAAGACCAUGUUGUGGUCAGCUCAUGCACUGCUCAACGAUGCUGAGGAGAAGCAACUUCGAAACCAGGAGGUCAGGAUGUGGCUUAUCGAGCUUCAAGAUGUGAUCUAUCAGGCUGAUGACUUGGUGGACAGGAUUGACUAUGAAGCUCUGCGAUCCAAGCUUGAAGAUGAUCAAUCCAGCAGCAGCAGUGCCAGCAAGGUACUCAUGAAAUUUAUGCCACCCUUUCUGUCCACAUUUGAUAAAACUGUUAGGCUUGAUUCCAUGGAGAUCCUUCGUAAGCUAAAGAUCCUUGUUGAUCAAAAAGAUGCUCUUGGCCUGAGAGAAGGUGCUCAGAACAAACCUUCACCAAGGCCACCAGCUCCUUUGGUAGAACAUGCUGAUGUUUGUGGGAGGGACACUGAGAAAAAAAUCAUUGUUGAUCAGUUGCUGAAAGAUGAUGUUGAUAGUGGCAGUAACAUUUCUGUUAUCCCAAUUGUUGGGAUGGGUGGUCUUGGCAAAACCACUCUUGCUCAAGUUGUUUAUGACGAUGAUAGAGUACAAAAGUAUUUUGAGCUAAAAGUAUGGAUUACUGUGUCGGAUGAGUUUGAUAUUUUCAAGAUAACAAAAGAGAUCUUUGAGGGGGUCACCACCAACAAAUGUGGUACUGAAAACUUCGACGAACUUCGAAGGAAAUUGAAGGAAGCAUUGAGGGGGAAGAAAUUUCUCUUUGUUCAUGAUGAUGUUUGGAACGAGUCUUAUUCUUUGUGGGACACACUGAAGAGUUCUUUUGAGUCUGGAGCAAAUGGAAGUAAAAUUCUUGUGACUACCCGAAGCACAAUUGUCGCCUCUACUAUGGCCACUGGGCAGAUUCAUUAUCUACAAACUUUGUUGAAUGAAGAUUGCUGGCAGUUAUUUGUGAAACAUGCUUUUGGAAAUAAUUUUGACCAGAAUAACAACAGAAAUCUGCAAGCACUUGGUAGAAAAAUAGUGGAGAAGUGCAAAGGCCUUCCUUUAGCAAUAAAGUCUCUUGGUGGAUUACUGCGCUGUGAACAAAAUCCUAAAAAAUGGGAAGACAUACUUGGCAGUGACACAUGGGAGGAAUUGUACAAGAAAGAGGGCUCCAUUCUUCCAGCUUUAUGGUUAAGCUAUCGUCACUUACCUACACAUCUCAAGCAAUGUUUUGCUUAUUGUUCCAUAUUUCACAAAGACUAUGAAUUUGACAGAGAAGUUUUGAUUUUGUUAUGGAUGGCUGAAGGGUUUUUGCCAAUGGAUUCAAAAAGUAAAAAGAUGGAGGAAUUUGGAAAGGAAUACCUUGAAGAUCUCUUAUCAAGGUCAUUCUUUCAAUGUUCGAGUAAGAACACAUCAUUUCUCCAAAUGCAUGACCUCGUACAUGAUUUAGCCAUGCUUGUAUCAGAUGAUUUUUGCUUUAGGUUGGAUUUGAGUAGUGAUGUGCAUAGCCUUCCAACAAAGAUUCGUCAUCUGUCAUGUAGGAGAAGCAAUAAUUACGACCUCGACAAACUUCAGGGUUUGAGUAAGGCUAUUUCUUUGCGUACCUUUGUAGCAUUGCCAUUGCAGAUUCUAGGUGGAAGCUAUUUAGUCCCGUACAAUAUAUUGCUUACAAAUGGAAGCUGUUUAAGAGUGCUUUCUUUUAGUCAAUCUUCUAUCAAGGAGUUGCCGGAUUCAAUUGGUAGUCUAAUACAUUUAAGGUAUUUGGACUUGUCUUAUACACAUAUCGAAGAGUUACAUGAGUCAGUUUGUAGUUUGUACCAUUUACAAACUUUAUUGUUGUCGUGGUGUAUAAAUCUUUCUCAAUUACCAAGGAAUAUGGGAAGACUGAUCAACUUGCGUUACUUAGAUAUUAGAGGGGUACCUUUGAAAGAGAUGCCGCAAGGAAUCAGUCAGAUGAAAUGCUUGCAACUCUUAUCACAGGUAGUAUUGAGUGACAAGCAUAACGAUGACGUGUUCAAAAUUACAGAUUUAGCAGAGCUUGAACAUUUAAGUGGAAGUCUUUCGAUUUUUGGUUUGGAAAAUAUUAAUGAUGCGACGGAGGCUUCAAAGGCUAAUUUAAAGGAUAAGAAGGACCUUACAGAACUAACUUUGAGCUGGAGCGAUGAUGCUGGUGAUGCUGAUAGUUCGCAAAAAGAAUUAGAUGUGCUUGACGCCCUUCGACCACAUACAAGCUUGAAGAGUCUGAAGAUUGAAAGUUAUAGAGGUACAACAUUCUCGAACUGGAUUGCAGAUGAUGCAUUUUCUAAUUUAGUGAUGAGAUCGAUAGCAGUGGUCCUCUAUUCACUUGUUUAG